AUGUGCCUGGAGCGUGGCCGGGGCGUUGGACUGCCUUCGGCAAGGGAAGGCGGCAGAAGCGGAAGCACGACUAUCGCUCCUCUUGGUGGCUCUCGACCAGGUUGCCGUGGACCGUGGCAACUGGGCCAUGGGGACCGAAAUAUUGCUGGAGACCCCGGCACCGAUGCAUUCGUUCAGAGCGCACGAAGUGUUCUCUCGCAUCCUCGACAGCCGCCUGGCCGAACUCAGCCUCCAUUACUUGAAGGAUCAGGCCGACUUUUUGGAAAAACGGAACAAACUCGGCAGGCGAACCAGUGCUGCCGAGGAGGACGACAAGGACAGCGAUCCCCCCCGACGCCCGGGGUCCAAGGCCAAGGCAAAGGCAAAGGUGAAGGCCGACAAGACCGAGUGAACCCGCCCGGUGAGCCACCGACUUUGCGUCUGCCUGGGGCCCGGGCUCCUACUGUUUCUGUUCCUGGCUUCUGGUGCGCCCUUCCUUCUUGGAUUUUGCGCGGCCGGGGUCGAUUUUCUCGCUUCUUCCGCAGCCUGCUUCGCGGCAGCAACAAAGCCGCGCCUACGUCCCAGGUCUGGCCUUGUCCUGUACCGUAUCCUGAGGUGUUUCGUGCUGGGGCUCAUGCUUCUUCCCCUUGGAGAAAGAAGCAGGCUUGUUUGAUAGUUGGUCUGCUUUCUUGGCUUCACCUUGGGUCUCCCGCCGAGGCUCCUCCUGGACUGGGCCUCGGCACCCCUUUGUCCGCUAAACAAUGGCGGAUGGUGAGGGUGCUGGAACAUCUUGCUUGGGAUAGUGAACCUUUACUUCGCCUUGAUGCCCCCGCCAUGGGCCGCACCGCGAGCAAAGUGGAGGAUCAAGAUGAGAUCCUUGCUGCCUUGGCUCGGGCCGCUGCUAGUCUUGAGGGCUCUUGUAACUAUACUGCUCCUGCUCGCGCCGGCUCUAGAUCUUUUGCUAAUGGGCCCAGCCUGGACUUUGGCUCUCCACUCGGACCUUUGCUCCGUGCUGAGUUGAUUUCUGCCAAGGCCAUUCAAGCUGACCGACUUCGCUUCCUCGGGAGCCCUUCUUUCGAUCCGGGUCCUUACCUGGAUCCCGCCACGUUGGCGCGCUACCAGCGGCCCUUUGACUUCGCUCAGCCGCCUAAUCCCUCUCUAGCUCCUCCGCCCCGCGUUCAGGUUUUGGCUUCCCCUGCUGAGCGCCGCGGCCUUUUUAAGAAGCUGGCUGCGACGGGUCGUUUGUUGCCCGUGACGCUUCCCGAAUCUCGGCUUCCGUACGCUGCUGGCCUUUUCUCUGUCCUGAAGGACAUGCAGCGGGACAGACUCAUUUUGGACUCUCGCCCCGCUAACGUUUUGGAGCGGCCACCUCACUUCUGGACUUCCUCUUUGUGUUCCUCUGCCGCCCUGCUUCAGAUCGUUCUCGAGCCCACCGAGUGCUUACGCAUCAAUGCGGCUGAUCUUCGCGAUUUCUUUUAUUUCUUUCAGGUCACAGGCGAGCGACUUCAACGCAACAUCAUCAAAGCGGCCCUCACACCUGCCGAGGCUGCUGAGGUCUUCGACUUUGAUUGCAGCUCCUACGUGGGGCGAGACGGGAAAGUGCGGGUGGGGCUCUCGACUUUAGCCAUGGGUGACUCCUCAGCGUGCGAGUUUGCUCAGGGAAGCCAUCUUGCUGUCCUCUUCCGACAUGGGGCUCUGGCUCCUUCGGAGCUGCUGCUGCCUUCUUUCCCGCCGCCCCGCGGAUUGCUCUCGAUAGGCGUGGUCAUCGAUGACUUGAUCAUUUUGGAGCGUUGCCUGGACUCCUCUGUCUCUGAUCCCCGACUCCCCUCAGUCCCUGAAGGGCGCUCUGAGUCCUUGGGAGGCGCUCGUUUGGAUGCCGCUCAUGCUGCCUACCGUUCGGCCCGCCUUGAGGCCAACCUCGACAAAGGUGCCCGAGACGUGUCUACUUUGCAGUUUUGGGGGUCUCUUCUGGAUGGCAAGCGCGGGCUGCUUCGCACCGCCCCCGGGCGCCUCUGGCCCCUCGCUUUCAUCACAGCUCGGGUCGCCACUUUGGGCUUGGUGACCCAUCAUUUGUUGCAGAGUUUGGUGGGUUCCUGGACUUCGGUCUUUCUUCUGCGGCGUCGUUGCCUUAGCACGUUCGAACUCUGCUUUGCCGCUUUGCGCGGGACUCCUGACACACACGUCCUGCGACUCAGCCCUGCUUUGAUCGACGAGCUCUGGAGUUGGGUUCUGCUCGGUCCGGUGUGUGUUGCCAACUUGCGGGCUCCUGUGCUUGACGAGCUCUACGCAACCGAUGCUUCUGAUCACCUCCUUGCUGCGGUUGCUGCUCCUUUGCCCCCACGUGUUGCCAAAGAGGCCUACCGGCACUGCUUGGUGAAAGGAGCUUGGUCUCGCCUGCUGCCUCAAGGACAAGCUUUGCUCCGUGCGCGGGAAUCCUUGCCCAGCGAGCUUGAGCUUCCAGAAGGGGAUGCUUAUACUCCACACCCUCUGUGGCGUAAAUUGGGUUGCAGCCUCCGGUUUAGGACCUUGGCGAUUUCGGAAGGGCGAUAUGGCCAGCACAUAAACGCCAAGGAGCUGAAGUCUUAUCUUCAACUCGAGCGGCUCAUUGCUGGGCGCCACUCUUCUGUUCGGCUUCUUGCCUUGCUCGACAGUCAGGUUGCGCUUGCAUGCGUGCUAAAGGGCCGGUCGUCCAGCCCCUCCCUCAACUCGUUGUUGCGCAGAUCCUUGCCCGUGAUGUUGGGAGCGGAUCUCUAUGCUGGGUUGGGCUUUGUCAAGUCGGAGGACAAUGUGGCCGACGACCCGACUCGUCAUCGGACCCCGCGGGAGCCCGCCGAGGAUCUCCCCCCGUGGUUCGCUUCUCUUGCUGCGGGAGAUUGUGAGGCCUUUGAUGCCUGGCUGGCUCUCCAGGCCUUACAGCAGGGCUUUGAAGGGACUUCGCUGACCCCGCCUCUCCCAGCCUUUGCCGGGUCGACCUCUGCAGGCCCUCAUUUGCAGUGCAAGGUUAAACGGGAGGGUCUAGGGGUUGCUGGGACUAAGGUCGGUUGGGGUCUGCCUAGGGGUUUUGGCUACGAGCUUGCCUUUGGAGCCGCCCGCUCCGCCGCCUGGGUCGGAGCCGACCGUUUGCCAGCCUCUCAGUUGCUUCUGCUGCGAGGGCUGCUCUUGAGUGCCGCCAUCGCUCGAGUAGGCUGUGCCCGGCCCGGUGAAGCCACGAACCCAGGCCCUCGCCGAGUGCAGCCACGUGCACGAGGGCCCAGUUUGGAGUCUAGGCCUUUGCUGGGCGAGCAGUCUUUAAGCCUCGGAGAGCAGGGUUGGUCGUCUUUCUUGUCUUGGUCUUCCUCCCGUCUCUCCCUUGAACUCUUCAGUCGCAGCGCCGCGCUCCUAGCCAUGGCACUGCGAGCUUACGGAAACUGGUUGUUCAGCAACGACGGAAGCUUGUACUCUCUGCGACAUACUCUGCUCGCUGCUCAACGCAAGUUUUUGGAACUCAAGCCGUACGCCAAGGUCGUUUGGGAGCUCAUCACUCGAUGGGAGCAUGCUGAGCCUCCGGUCCACCGGACACCCGUCCCCGAGCCUAUCUUGAAGGCUGUGGUAUGUGUGGCAUGGCUGCAUGGAUACUUGAGUUUUGCUGGUGUGACACUUCUGGCCUAUUAUGGUUUGGGCCGGAUUGGGGAAGUUUUGGCCUGCACCCGGGCCGACUUACUCCUUCCCUCUGACGACCUCUGGGACCAAAGCAGGUCUGUGUUUUUACGGCUGGGAGCUUCCAAAACGACUACAAGAGGGCGACCUCGGGUCCAACACUUGAAGGUGAUCGACCCUACGGCGGUGGUUUUGAUCUCCGCCGUGUUUUCUUCUGCCGCGCGGUCUCAGCCUCUGUUCGCUCAAAGCAGUGCUGCGUACAGGUACAGGUGGAACAAGAUUCUUCGAUGGCUGAACUUGGCCCCCGAGCUGCGCUUGACACCUGGAGGGCUACGUGGAGGCGGCGCUGUGGAGGCCUACCGAAAGGGCAUCCCCGUCACGGAAAUACAAUGGCGGAUGCGACUCAAACACCUCCACACUCUGGAGUUUUACCUACAGGAGCUGGGGGCAGAGUCAGCCUUGGCAGCGCUGAACAGUUCGUCCACUACACGUGUGCGAUCC